CUUGUCGUCCGAGGCGAGGGCAGGGCUAGCCGAACCUCCGCAGCCACAGCGAAGUUUGGCCGCGCCGCCUGGGCUGCCGUCGCCCGCACCAUGUCCGCGGCCGCUUACAUGGACUUCGUGGCUGCUCAGUGUCUGGUUUCCAUUUCGAACCGCGCUGCGGUGCCGGAGCAUGGGGGCGCUCCGGACGCCGAACGGCUGCGACUACCUGAGCGCGAGGUGACCAAGGAGCACGGUGACCCGGGGGACACCUGGAAGGAUUACUGCACGCUGGUCACCAUCGCCAAGAGCUUGUUGGACCUGAACAAGUACCGACCCAUCCAGACCCCCUCGGUGUGCAGCGACAGUCUGGAGAGUCCCGACGAGGAUAUGGGAUCCGACAGCGACGUGACCACCGAAUCUGGGUCGAGUCCUUCCCACAGCCCGGAGGAGAGACAGGAUCCUGGCAGCGCGCCCAGCCCGCUCUCCCUUCUCCACCCUGGAAUGGCGAAGGGGAAACACGCCUCCGAAAAGAGGCACAAGUGCCCCUACAGUGGCUGUGGUAAAGUCUAUGGAAAAUCCUCCCAUCUCAAAGCCCAUUACAGAGUGCAUACAGGUGAGCGGCCCUUUCCCUGCACUUGGCCAGACUGCCUUAAAAAGUUCUCCCGCUCAGAUGAGCUGACCCGCCACUACCGGACCCACACUGGGGAAAAGCAGUUCCGCUGCCCGCUCUGUGAGAAGCGCUUCAUGAGGAGUGACCACCUCACAAAGCACGCCCGGCGCCACACCGAGUUCCACCCCAGUAUGAUCAAGCGAUCGAAAAAGGCACUGGCCAACGCUUUGUGAGGUGCUACCCACCGAUGUCAGGGAGGGAUGGACCCCGAAAAGACAAAACUAUUCCCAGGAAACAGACAGAUACAUGGAAACUAAGGCCCAGAAGAGGCACACUGACAGCACAGGAAGUCACUGGUCUUUGGUCAAUAUCCUGAUUUUCCUCUCCCUGCAUUGUUUUUAAAAAGCACAUUGUAGCCUAAGAUCAAAGUCCACACUUGGUCCCCUUGCAGAGGCAACUAUCUGAACCCGUCUCUGACUGUUGGAGGGAAGGCAAAUGCUUUUUUUUUUUUUCCUCUUUAUUUUCUGGGG